AAAUAAAAUAAAGGGAAAAAUAAGAGAUUGAAGGGAAAGAAGAAGGAAGAAAGAGGAGACUUAGCUGGUUCUCUCUCCUCUUCUAUCUGUCCUAUUUUUGCUCUUCUAUUGCCAUGUCUAUCCUUUAAUUGAGUUAGGCUUCUUUUUCUUUCAUUCACAUUUAUUAUUAUUAAAAAAAAUCUAUUCUUCUUCAUCUGUUUUCAUCUAUUUCUCUGUCUCAUAUCUCCCGCUGGAUCAUUACUUCGCUUAGCUCUCCUUGCUCUUUCUCACUCUUAAAAUGCUCUUUUCUUGGAUUCUUCCUUUCUCUCUUGUCUCAUAAGUUUAGUAUAAUUUCAUGAUAUGGGUUUUACUUUGCUGGAUCUGGGCGUUAUUAUUUUCAUGUAUUUUGAUUGGUUAUGUUUUUGUUUUCAUCAAUAAGUCAAAUGUGAAGCUCCAAUUACACUCACUGUGGGAUUUAUGUCUUUGAUCUGGUCUUAAUUUCGAACUCCCAUUUGUAGGCUAAUUUUUAUUUUUCAAAUCUGAUUCAAUCUGUUUUAGUUUUCUCCCUCUCUCCCUCGCUCUCUCUUUUUUUUUUUAAUUUUUUUUUUUAGUUUUCAAUUGGGGUUUAACGGUUUGGGCAUUUUUUUGCUCCAAUAAUAUUUUGAUUUUGGUUUUUGUAUUUUAAAUUAUUUCACUUCAUUAUCCCAUUCUUGUGUUUUCAUUUGCUGGAAGUGUUAUAUUGAGUGAAAUCAUAACUUUUAGUCUGUGGGAAGGAUUGGGAAUCAUGGGUGUCUCAUUACUUUGAAUUUGGCCGUCUUUAUUCCAUCCAGGCAUAUUCAGGAGAUGAGCAGAAUGACAAAUGGAGGUGAGGACGAUAAAAGGUCAAAAGGACGCCUGGAUUCACCAGCAGUUGAAGAAGCCAGUAACGGUCCCUUGAAGAAAGGCCCAUGGACCUCAGCAGAAGAUGCAAUUUUGGUGGAUUAUGUCACUAAGCAUGGAGAGGGAAAUUGGAAUGCUGUCCAGAAGCACUCAGGGCUCUCUCGUUGUGGAAAAAGCUGCCGCCUGCGAUGGGCAAAUCAUCUAAGGCCAGAUUUAAAGAAGGGUGCAUUCACUCCAGAGGAAGAGCGUCGCAUAAUUGAACUCCACGCAAAGAUGGGAAACAAAUGGGCAAGGAUGGCAGCCGAGUUGCCUGGACGCACAGAUAAUGAGAUAAAGAACUACUGGAAUACUAGAAUAAAGAGACUGCAACGUGCUGGUUUACCAAUUUAUCCUCCAGAAGUAUGCCUGCAAGUAUUAAACGGAAGUCAAGAAAGUCAAAACAUAGGCACACUGCAAACUACUGACACAUAUGGUCCUGAUCUGAUACAGACGGACCCUUUUGAGAUUCCAGAAGUGGAAUUCGAGAAUUUAGGACUCAAUCUUCCAUCUUAUUCCCCAACAGUUCUUGAUAUUCCUACUAGCAGUGCGCUGAAGCAAGAUAUAGGUUCCUCCAAUAGUAAUAGCUUUAUGUUUCCAACUAUGCAUCCUCACAAACGCCUUCGAGAGUCACAGACCAUAUUCCCUAGUCUGGAUGGUAGUGUUAGCGGUGGCCUCUCAGCUUUCAUUCAAUCAACAAAUUACUUUUCUGAGAAUAUCACAGAAUCCGCUGGUAUAUCUUCUCAAUAUGAUUCUCAUACUAACACCUUUCGCCAGCCACCACUGGAUGUUCUUCCUGGCAGUCAUGCCCUAUUAAAUGACAAUUCUUCUUCUUCUGAGCCCUUAUAUGGGGCUAUGAAGUUGGAGCUCCCUUCACUCCAAUAUUCAGAAACUCAACAGGAUAGCUGGGGAACACCUACUUCCCCAUUGCCUUCACUUGAGUCUGUUGAUACUUUGAUUCUGUCUCCUCCAAAUGAACAGACCCAGUCAGAGUGCCUUUCACCACGAAGCAGUGGUCUGUUGGAAGCAGUACUAUAUGAAUCGCAGACCAAAAACUCAAAGAAAUGCUCUGGUCACCAAACUUCAGAUACUUCUGUUGCACCUGGUGAUGUAGAGGAUUGCCCCUUGAAUCCCUAUGAGACAGAAUGGGAAGUACAUGUUGACCCAAAUUCUCCUUUAGGUCACUCUGCUGCGUCAGUAUUCAGUGCAUGUACUCCCAUCAGUGGAAGCUCAUCAGAUGAACCAGGAUUUGAUCUGAAGCCUGAAACAACCAAUCAGGUUUCAACCUCAUACGUUAAAGAGAAAGAAGUUCUUAAUCAGAUUGACUUUAUGAGGCCAGAUGUUUUGCUCGGCUCAGGCUGGUUUGCGCUUGGUGGUGGGUGUGCUGGGAGUGCUAAUGACCAACCUGUUCGAACUAAUGCAGCAGGGGCAUCACUCGGUGAUGAUAUUGACAACGAAGGCUAGUAAAUGGAUGCUCGGAAUUUUAGUCAAUAUUGCAAAUGAGAGAAGUUGCCUAUUUGUUAGCUCUGGUACUUCAAUUCAUCUUUGUAACUACAUUCACCUUUAUCUUUUUGUUACGAUUGCUGAGAGGUGGCCUUUCCAAGAUCUUGUGAACUAUGGCGUGACAAUUUAUAUGUUAGUAUGCUCAAGUACAUCUUGAUUAUUUCUUUUGUUGGCAGUGGUGGUCUUGGAAGAUUUUAUAUUAUGAAACAUUAUUGUGUUCA